AUGAAUCCAGGGGAUAUCACUUGAUCGUGUCCAAUAAACAUAGGGCCACUGUCGGGACAACAUCAAGUCUGUGGUCCUUAAGACAAACUUAACUCAGAUGCCAGUGACUUUCAUUGUCAGUCAGCAACAUUUGAAUAUUUACAUGUACAGCGGUGAGACUGGUAAGAUGUGUAGUAAGGUGAAGGUUACUGUCAGAACAAGGGCAAGGUUGUGGUCAUUAAAACAUUGAUAUGCUUGGGUUUCAUUUUCAGUUCAGAUAAGGACCGUUGUCUUAAGUGGUCAUGACCACUUCUGUUGAGCAGUUUGACCAGGAACCUGAAGGUCACGUGACCUUUUUUGAAGGAUUCUGAAGGCAACAUUGACAUGGCCAGUUCAGAUGAGGAAUAUCUCGCUGCAGAGGAGGACUCUGGCAACAGCGUGGUCAGUUCAGACGAGGAACCUGGAGGUCACCUGGUAAUGGCAGGUUCAGCCGGGCGCGAGGAUGACCUUGACCCAGUGAGCCAGCCACCUGUCACCAGACUAGGUUCAGGUGACCAUCCUCCAGGGGCCUCCCAGGUGGCCAACACUCUGAACAUCAUCACUGGACAAGCCGGACAAGGAACACUCGGGAGAGAUACUCUGGAUUUACGCACAAACGAAGCGAGGAAGAUGUUUAUUCCAACUGAAGCCUACAAAGAAGUGAAACAAAAACUGAAGACAUUUGGUCAUGUGACCAUCUGCGGGGCUUCAGGAGAGGGCAAGACAACGAUGGCUCUGGUGUUGGGUUCACAGUAUGGACCCAAGGGCUACGCGGUCGUGUUUGUGGACAACCUGGAGAAGUUUGACCUAGACCUCUGUCUUAGUAGACACCCCAGAGUAUUUCUCAUAGUAGAUGACAUGUUUGGUACUGUUGGAUUAUCUGCAAAUACUUCACAGGUGAAAUCCUUUCUAAACAACCUUCUCCUCCAUUUAGAACACAAGCAGACAGCAGAGGAACUGCAGUCAGAAGAAGAUGACGGAGAUAAAUCCAGAAAGAAAGUGCAGGGCCAAAGAGAAAGUCAAGCAAAGGAUGUUCGUGUUAUCUUCACGUCGAAGUCAUACAACUUCCAUGAUGGACUUGCAAAACUGCAGUACAACAGUUUCAAACUGUUCAAGAGUCAAACAGUAAUGGAUUUAACUAAGCAAGAUAAAUACUGGCUUUCUGACACCGAGAAAAGGACAAUAUUUGAACGACAUAGGAAUGCUCUUGGUGACUGUUCCAUGCAACAUAUACCUGAUUACAGUGAGCUGGAAAUCAAUUCAAAUAUCUUUGGAUUCCCUCUUAUUUGUAAACUUUGUUUUGAAUUGUCAUCAUUCUUCAAAAAUGCAAAAUUAUUUUUCAAGGAACCACUGUUUUAUCUUAGGUUAGAACUAAAGCAUUUACUUGAAGAGAGAAACGAUCGAUCAGCCAUUUUGGCUCUGAUGCUACUGUGUGAAAACAAAUUGGACCUGACCAAGUUAGACAGUGGAGGCGAGGACAGGGAAAUGGACAGCCUGGUCAAAACUGUUUUACAGCUGAUGGCUGAUGCUACACGUGCAGGCAUGUACAAAGCAGCUAAAAGUUUGAGAGGAACAUUCUUCACAAGAGGAGACACUGUUGGCUUUGCUCAUUCUUCAAUCUAUGAUGCUUGCGCCUGUGCCUUGUACAACAUCAGUCCAAUCUUUGUUUUGAAGCACUGCAGAGAUGCCUUUCUGUUUGAAAGACUACAAGGUGAUAAGGUUGAUGAAACGAAAGUUGACGAUCAUCUCCAUUUGAUAUAUGUCUCAGAGAAUUAUGAUGACCUCAUUACCACAAGGUUUGCACAGUCAAUUAAACAAGGACAGUUUUCUAAAUCAGUGACACAUCCAAUUCUCAAACAAGACAGAACAGUUUCUAUUUUGCUCAGCAAACUUCAGUGUGACGGGACAAAACAUCUCCAUCAGGAUUCUAUGGAGGAACCGUGGCUUCACAGGAAAGACAAAGGAAAAUAUUUUCUGUACUGGGCAGCUCUUGGACAUAAUGCACAUCUAGUCACAGAUAUAGAACACACAACUGGAGAAGAGUUCACUCAAGGAGAGAUCAGUGAGGCAAUGGAAGGAUGUGCACAAAGCAACAAUGUGACAGUAUUGAAAUGGUUGUUCACGAGGAGUGAAAGACCUGACUAUCUAUUGACACUGAACAGACUUUUGCUGGUAGCAGCUGAAUAUGGCAGCUCGGACACACUUGUAUGUCUACUGCAGGAAGGCGCUGAUAUUAACACAAGUGACAAGUACAUGCAAAAUGUCUUUCACCUGGUCUGCAAGUCAGGAAUGGAAAAAUCCCUCAAAGUCUUGUUAAACUUGAAACCUGGGAAUAAUGUUAUAAACUCUAUUGAUGUGAAUGGCAGAACCCCUGUCAUGGUUGCAGCACACACAGGAUCAGAGGAAUGUUUACAGUUACUGAGCAAAGUAUCACAAAUGGAUGUGAUAGACAAGUAUAGAAAUGAAAUUAUUCACCUUGCCUGUCAGGGUGGGAACACAGCUAUAGUACAACAUCUCCUGUCACCUUCUAACAUCAACAGUAGAGGGAGUCAUGGAUUCACACCAGCAAUGGUUGCAGCUUUCAAGGGACAUCAAAGUGUGUUUGACCUCCUUGAGGCAAACCAAGCUGACCUCACACUGGUUGAUACAUCUGAUGAUAGUUUACUUCAUCUUGCCUGUCAGGGUGGGAACACAGCUAUAGUACAACAUCUCCUGUCUCCUUCUAACAUCAACAGUAUAGGCAGACAUGGAUUGACACCAGCAAUGAAGGCAGCUGUCUGUGGACAUGAAAGUGUGUUUGACCUCCUUGUGUCAAACCAAGCUGACCUCACACUGGUGGAUACAUCCGGUGAUAGUUUACUUCUUCUUGCCUGUCAGGGUGGGAACACAGCUAUAGUACAACAUGUCCUGUCUCCUUCUAACAUCAACAACAGAGGGGAGCUUCGAAGGACUCCGUUGAUGAAGGCAGCUGUCUAUGGGAAUCAAAGUGUGUUUGACCUCCUUGUGGCAAACCAAGCUGACCUCACACUGGUGGAUACAUUUGGUGAUAGUUUACUUCAUCUUGCCUGUCAGGGUGGGAACACAGCUAUAGUACAACAUCUCCUGUCUCCUAACAUCAACAGUAUAGGCAGACAUGGAUGGACACCAGCGAUGUUUGCAGCUGUCUGUGCACACCAAAGUGUGUUUGACCUCCUUGUGUCAAACCAAGCUGACCUGACACUGGUGGAUACAUUUGGUGAUAGUUUACUUCAUCUUGCCUGUCAGGGUGGGAACACAGCUAUAGUACAACAUCUCCUGUCUCCUUCUAACAUCAACAGUAGAGGCAGACAUGGAUGGACACCAGCGAUGUUUGCAGCUGUCAGUGGACAUCAAAAUGUGUUUGGCCUCCUUGUGGCAAACCAAGCUGACCUCACACUGGUUGAUACAUCUGGUGAUAGUUUACUUCAUCUUGCCUGUCAGGGUGGAAACACAGCUAUAGUACAACAUCUCCUGUCUCCUUCUAACAUCAACAGUAGAGGCAGACAUGGAUUGACACCAGCAAUGAAGGCAGCUAUGCAUGGACAUGAAAGUGUGUUUGACCUCCUUGUGUCAAACCAAGCUGACCUCACACCGGUGGAUACAUCCGGUGAUAGUUUACUUCAUCUUGCCUGUCAGGGUGGAAACACAGCUAUAGUACAACAUGUCCUGUCUCCUUCUAACAUCAACAACAGAGGGGAGCUUGGAUGGACUCCAUUGAUGAGGGCAGCUGUCAGUGGGCAUCAAAGUGUGUUUGACCUCCUUGUGGCAAACCAAGCUGACCUCACACUGGUGGAUACAUUUGGGGAUAGUUUACUUCAUCUUGCCUGUCAGGGUGGAAACACAGCAAUAGUACAACAUGUCCUGUCUCCUUCUAACAUCAACAGUAGAGGCAGACACAGAUGGACACCAGCUAUGAGGGCAGCUGUCAGUGGACAUCAAAGUGUGUUUGACCUCCUUGUGGCAAACCAAGCUGACCUCACACUGGUGGAUACAUUUGGUGAUAGUUUACUUCAUCUUGCCUGUCAGGGUGGGAACACAGCUAUAGUUCAACAUGUCCUGCCUCCGUCUAACAUCAACAGUAGAGGCAGACAUGGAUGGACACCAGCGAUGUUUGCAGCUGUCAGUGGGCAUCAAAGUGUGUUUGACCUCCUUGUGGCAAACCAAGCUGACCUCACACUGGUGUCUACAUCUGGUGAUAGUUUACUUCAUCUUGCCUGUCAGGGUGGGAACACCGCUUUUGUACAACAUCUCCUGUCUCCUUCUAACAUCAACAGCAGAGGCAGACAUGGAUGGACACCAGCGAUGGUUGCAGCUGUCCAUGGGCAUCAAAGUGUGUUUGACCUCCUUGUGUCAAACCAAGCUGACCUCACACUGACGGCUACAUUUGGUGAUAGUUUACUUCAUCUUGCCUGUGAGGGGGGAAACACAGCUAUAGUACAACAUCUUCUGUCUCCUUCUAACAUGAACAGUAGAGGGAUGCAUGGAUGCACACCUGUGAUGAAAGCUGUAUUCCAUGGACAUAAAGAUGUGGUGGACCUCCUUGUGCAGCACAAAGCUGACCUCACACUUCUAACAGACAGUAAUGAGGACAUUGAAUGUGUAGCUCAGAGGGGAGGACAUCCUACACUAGCCAAGUAUCUACAAACUGUUGAACAGCCAACUGAUUAAACUGUCUCCUGAAACACCACAGAGGACUGUUCUUUCCAAAGUAUACAUGCACUUUCAAGCGAGGACACAUAUUGUUUUAUGUACAGUCAAUAUUCUAGAUGUCAAUCAAUAACAGAUGAGCACUGGGCUCCUUUCUGUGGUCCAAAGUAUUCUGCGUAACAUAUGUGAAACCGGGUAACUA